CGUCAGCUACAGUGACACGUCGGCAGUGCCAUGUCAGACACAGCGACACGUCAGCUACAGUGGCACGUCAGCAGGCCACGUCCACAGGGACACGUCAGCUACAGUGACACGUCAGCAUUCAAAAAUCAGCUCGCACUAAUCGCGGCUGAAGAACAACGCCAGCUGGCAGUCAAGGCUGCCCAGCUACAGGCUGACGAAGCGGCAGCAGCAGAGAAGCUCCGGCUACAAGCCGAAGCAGAUGCAGAAGCCCAGGCUCGUCGCAAGGAAGCCCAGGAUCUGCUGCAGCGGCAUGAAACAGCGAGCGUGGACGGACUCAAAUUCUGGCACUUUGAACCCAACGGCGACGAUGCGACACCGGAAGAGCAGCAUAAGGAGUUUCUCUCCAAACUCGUGACACGGCUGUUGUACACUUGCAACUACCAACAGUCCGAGUUGGAGAAGCAGUACCAGAACCUGACGCAACAGCAUCAGGAGUUGGCGAAGCUCCGCCACACAAUGCAGAGCCACGAGGACGCAACUCGGGCACUCAAUGCCCAAAUGCUAGACCUGGAGAAGGCUGUACCAGGACCAGCUGCUGGGGCUUCCAGCAGUGCAUCCUCUAGCCGCCAACUGGAGGAACGCGUUGACCACAUAGUGGCAAUGCUCGGCGACAUCAGCACCUUCGCUGCGCCGACCACCAUCAGCAGUCAGCUGCAUAACUUGAAGACCGAGGUCCAGCAGUUGCAGUCGACGAACACGGAUGACAAUCCGAAGAUGUACAAGAUGCCAACUUUCCAACUGGACAAGUUCGACGACUACAUGCAGCAGGAUCCGGUCCUCUGGUGGGAAGCAUUCACAACGCAACUCAGGAUUCUGCCCGUAGCCAAGCACGCGUACAUCGGCGCCCUGUUCCUGAACUCAAAGGGCGGAUGCCAGACCUGGUUGAGCCACCUGGCAACCUCUCACGGCGUCAACGUACCGGAUUUGAAGGACAAAAUCACAUGGGAGGAAUUGACACGGCUGUGGAAGAAGCGGUUCAUCGUCGACGACGCGCCGACACUCGCCAUCAACCGUCUGUUCACCAUGUCACAGGGCAACACUGCAACACGGGAUUGACUCACGGAGUGGCAGAAGAUUGUGGCGGUGCCCAAUCUGGAAUUGGCAUUCACGCAUCUACACCGC